GGCGAUGUUUUAUUGAAAGCGUAUGUAAUACCGUUACACAAGUAGAAGUGUGUAAGGGCCUUGCUGAAGGAUGAAGAAAGCCACAACAAUUUUUCUGUUUAUUCAAAUCUUAACAAAUAUCUGGACAGUAAGCGGGCUACGAAAUUUUAUUCUAAAUCAGCUCACAAUACAAUGCAGACCUGACUGUCGGGACAGAUUUUCGUUUUGCCCCUCCGCUAUUCUGCGGUGUAACACGAAUAACUUAUGGAAGGCUAGCUGCCCCCAAACCUGCGGUGUCUGCUUUCGGUGCGGGGACCUUGCGUUUCAAGCUGACGGAUCGACCGUUCCUAUAUCGACAUGUGAACCAAGCACGAACCGGUGUUCACCUGCCGCACGAGUUAUGUGUAGAAAAUCGUGUCGAAUAUGUACACCAUGUACACUACCACCCACCAAACCACCCUGUACCAACACUUGCACCGACCAUUACACGUCAUGCGAGUACUGGUCCAACUUGGGAUACUGUGACGUAAAUGGGGAAUACCCACACGUGAGACACGUUUGUGGAAAAAUGUGUGGGCUUUGCGAACGAUGCCCUCAAACUACAACAGCAAUCGCUUCGACAAUACAAAACCCACCUCAAGGUUUAUUACCGGCCGAAGUUACUCCCACAACCACCGCACCCAUUAACACAACUGCAAUAACAUCAACGACAACUACAUACCAAUACCCUGAAAACCAAGAUCAAUCAAAUGAGGACUCUUACAGAUAUGACAGCCAUGGGAACCCAGUACAUUCAUGGUGGCCGACGCAAAAUUGAUUGUGGUACAAUUAUUUACAAUGUAGACAUUGCCUGAACACAUUCUAAGUAUUAUAAAUUCUUGUUGAGUAAACUCAUAUAAAAGAGAUUAUACAAAUAAACGAGAUAUAUAGUACGGUGGGAAAAAUGGGACACAUUUUCAAUCUGUUUUCUCGCCCCUUUUGGUAGUAAGCAAA